CCCAUAUGUCACCAAUAAUCCGCCGAUUUGCUUGGGUCGGGUGAUGCGUGUGCGCAGCCAUCAUCUUUGCCAACAAAGAAGCUACAUCCCCUAUUUUUUUAAAAAAAAUUUUGUCUUUUAUCAUUUUAAUAUUUUUUUGCACUAUGCCUACAAGACGUUUUGAAAACGGGGGCCAGGCGCCCAGCAAUGUGCCGCCAGAAGUCACCUCAGGGUCACAAAACCCAGCUCUCCAAACACUCAACCCACCAUUACAUCAUCUCUCACACAGGGCGCUCCGGUUACAACAAGCCAUUAUACAACAGCAAGCGCGGGAACGACUCCUCCACCGAGAAAACAACGAGUAUGACGACGAUUCGGGCUCAGAUACGAGCGAUUUUGUCGGUGCCUUGGACACUUUUGGACAUCCAAUGGACUACCCGUCGGAUAUGGAUUCGCCAAUUAACGAUAGCACACAAGACGAGGACGAUGGUGAGGAGGAGGAAGAUGAACAUGAUUCGGAUUUCUCCAAUGAUACGUUUCCGUCGCCGCUGAGCGCAACUUCUGUUCAGGUAGAAGGGUCGAAUUUGGAGGAAGAGCAGGGGGGGUUUUCAGAUGAUGAUUUUGAUAAUGACGAGUUCAUUUCUAUCAACACACAGUUCAAUCCCAUGGUUAUCCGGCAGCAUGGCAGGCGUCGAUUGAAUGCGCCAGUGACAGUUGAUUUUACACAGUCAUUGCGGCCUGCAGAAAGCAACUCUUUGACCGUCGACUCAUCGGCGCCCAUACCCGCUGCAGGCUUGACCUCCCAACAGCAACCCGAGCACCAAGCGCAGGAAGCACAGGAAGCGCAUGCCGUGGAGAGCAGCCAGCAGACGCCCAGCAGCAAACGAAGCCACUCCAAGGUUUGCACCAAAGACCACGACUCAUUGGCAGAGUUAUCUCCAACAAGCAUAGCAAAGAAAGCCAAGAGCCAGUCGUGUGCAGAGAGCGAUUCUGCAGGGACAGUUGGCCGGAACCGGCUCUUGUUUAAAUGCGCUGUGUGUUUGGAUACUCCUGACCCGGCGGUGUUUGUUGAUCCGUGCGGACAUGUUUUUUGCGAGGGAUGUGCGCAGGGUGCUGUGCAGUCGACUCGAAAAUGCCCGGUGUGUCGACAUGCUAUGCGCGCCAAGGACAUCCGUGUUUUGCAGUUUCGCGUGGCUACAAUCGGACGUUAGACACGGGUGGAUUGCUUUUUUUCUUUUUCCACAUUAUAAAUGCGUU